CUCACCAAGCUGAUGCUCAACUUGCACCUGUCCUUAGGGGAAUGUCCCUUCUAUUAUAUUAUAUUUUCUAUGACCGCUUAGAUUGUGGAACCGUUCGUUUGAACUUUUCCAUCGCGAUCUCCUAUCGUUUGAAUUAUACUAUACAAUCCUUAACUGUUUACUAAGAUGGAAGUUUCUUAGUCAUAUCUAAUUUAAAUUGCAAUAUUAAUAAUAUAUGUUGUAUUUUUUCCUAUAACCCGUCUAUUUCCGGAUUUUCCUAUGAUAAUGGAUUAAUUUUUUUAAUCUUACUUUUUUAAAAACCUCUUUUGUUUUAGUAACCUUCUGUUUACCACAGUUAUACUCUUGAUAAGAAUCUUUUCACAUUUGCUUUAUUUAUUUUUUUUUAAGCUGUGAUGAUUUUAUAAAUUGUAAUAACAUCAUUGGUUUCGGCAAAAUAUGGCUCUUUUAACUGAUCCAUCAGGACUCAAAGGCAAACCAUUUAAAAUAUUAGUCAAGAGGCAUAAAUUAGUAUGUUUUCUUCUAUAUGUGAUGUCCAUUAUUUGGUUUUUGUGUUUGGCCAGUGAUCAGAUUAAUUCAGCUACCUACCUCUCUGAAAAUGCAUUACUUCCGGGGCUAGUUGUAGUUGGAUCUGAUCUGCAAAAAGAUGCCAAAGCCAUUUUAAGAGAGAUGGAAGACUAUGUCUUGGAUGGAGAAUCAAUUCCAGAGGACUGGCUCAGGGAAAAGUUUACUCUCGCUUUUGUAGAAUCAUUUGUUCACAACUUCACAUUGUCAGGAAGUUUUGGGACCUACAGUGGUAAAAACAUCUAUGGAAUCAUUCGUGGAGGAGGUGCCAGCAAUGAGGCAAUUGUUCUAUCUGUUCCGUACAGGAGUAGAAACAACCCUGCUGAGACUACAGCCCCUGGGUUAGCAGUAAUGUUGGCAAUUACUCAGUAUUUUAGGAAACAAAAAUAUUGGGCUAAAGACAUAAUUAUGUUGGUCACAGAACAUGAACAAGUUGGAAUGCAAGCCUGGUUAGAAGCAUAUCAUGGUGUAUCUUGUGGUACUGGUGUACUACAGUCUGGCGAACUGGAAGCAAGAGGGGGAGCUAUACAGGCAGCCAUCAAUUUGGAGCUUCAUUCUGACUUCAUAAAGUAUGUUGAUGUUAAAGUCUCUGGGCUGAACGGUCAACUUCCCAACCUCGAUCUAGUCAAUUUAGUCCUUAGAAUCUGUUCUAAGGAGAGGGUUAGACAUACAUUUGCCAACAAGGAGAAGAUUCACAAUCUGCCCAGUUAUGAGCAGUGGCAGCACUCUCUUGAGAUUAUGACAUCCAUGUUAUUGGCACAGGCUCCAGGUGUACCAGAUGGAAACCACGGACUCUUUCAUCGGUUUGGGAUAGAAUCUGUGACCAUGGAAGGACAUGCAUCUAAUGGAAAUGGUCCUUAUGUUACACUGCAUCAUGUUGGCAGAGUAAUUGAAGGUUUGUUUCGAAGCAUCAAUAACUUAUUAGAACGUUUCCACCAAUCUUACUUUUUUUAUAUUAUGACAGACACAGAUAGAUUCGCCAGCAUAGGCUUAUAUAUGCCUUGCAAUGGGAUGCUUAUUGCUGCAUUGUUCAUAAGAGCAUUUUCAUUAUAUGUUGAUAUGCGACUUGAAAGGGAAGAUGCUUCUCAGGAUGUAGAUCCAAAUAUAGCUGGAACAUGCACUAUGUUUCUCAUAGCUCAUGCUAUAGGAUUUAUGGCGGAUGCUGGUUCCAAUAUUGUUUCAGUGCUAACAUUUGCAAACUCUCGCAUCAGGACAAUGGCUGUCUACUCUGUCUUGUCUGCAUUUUCAUUCAUAAUUCCUCUAUUAGUCUUUCCCAGAUUCAAAGGAAAGGACUGGUCGAUGCUGCAUAUUCUUAGUCUUGUAUACCUUGGAACUUUACUUAUGUGUGUUGGGAUGUCAAAUUUUAGUUUUGCUUAUCUCACUGGCCUUGUAAUUACACCAAUUUCUCUUCUUUUAUAUCCUGCAUCUAAGAGGCAUUGGAAAUUUAUUUUAUGGAUCUUAAUUCAUCCUUUGGUACUUUUAUUGAUUGUUGUUUCAUCUGUCAAACUUUACAGAGGUUUUGAUACUGUAUCAAUUGUAGAGGCUUUAGCAAACAGCCUGUUACUGGCAAGCUUGGAUUACCAAAUCUAUGGAUCAGGAAUGCUCAGAAUGGUUUGUGUGGCUUAUUUAUCAGUUUGGGUUACUUUUGCACCUCCUCCUAAAGAUAGGCAUAAUAUCAUGAAGAAGAAGAUUAAUUAAGAAGUGCAGAGAUGUUCUCCAUUAUUGUGAUUCCUAAUAAAUAUGAAUUAAAAUUACUUGCUAUUAGAAGUUAAGAUUUGACUGAUAUUUACAGUAUCCAGAUUUUUAGUAAUCAAUUUAUGAAUUAUAAUUAAAACUAUUAUAUAAAAAGGGUACUUUUAGUCUGAGCGGCCGCUACCGACUGCUAUCUGGCAAUGUUUAUAACCUGAACACUGAUAACUCCCAUAACGCAGUGACAAGCCUUCUCCUACUUCACAUCUUCGUAUUAUUGUAUUAAAUUCGUAUUAUUGAAAGUGUAAACAGAUACAAAAACAAAUGUAAUAACAACAAAAAUACUUGUAUUUGACGACAAAUAUAUUAAUGAAAUAAUAAAAAAACACUUUAAGAAGAUAUGUACAUAUAAAACUUCAAAAUGAAAUUAAAAAAAACAAAUUUAAAAGAACAUAUUUACAUAGAAAAGAAAAAAUAUCAACACUAUAAACAACGUAUAUACAAAUUAUUUUAAGUUAAUUAUUCACUUCCUUUUGUCUUAUUUAUUUUGGAAGGCAAAAUUGUUUUAUGCUACAAGGGGUCACAAACUAAAAAAAAAUGUAAAAUAAAUACAAACGGGCCAAAAACUAAAAAUAAACACAAACGGGCCAAAAACUAAAAAUAAACACAA